GAAGUUUUCUUACGGACGUAUUUAAUCAUAUUUGAUUUCGGAACGCGAUAUACGUCGUGAGUGAACAAAGGGGAUUUUCAUGUGGCAAAAUGACCUGUUAGAUUGUCAUUUUGACAUUAGGGAUAAUAGCAGGUAAAAGCGAUAGAAAGAUUCAAUUAUUAUGAGUGAACAUGACAUUCCAAUCGUCGAUCCGACUAUCGAUUACACUCAGGUUCCGCCAAUUCACCAAAAGAGAACUAUAACGUUCAUCAAUCAAUUCAUUAUUCACACGGUAACUUUUCUUAACAAGUUUGCAUUGUCCUGCGAAGAGAAACUUUUCGAAUUUGAGAACAAGCUACAGAGGGUGGAAGCUUCGCUGGAGAUUCUUGAAUCACAGCUUUCGUCGAUUCCAGGUCUACAAAAUGAAUCACAAAGUUCCAUGCAUUUAUCAAAUCCAACAAACCUUGAUGAGAAAAUUGAACAAGAAACUGAAGCAACGAAACAGAUAGUUUCAAAUAAUGUCGACGAGACUGAUAAAAAUGAGCCUAUUGAGCCACCACUUGAAGAAAAGUCAGAGGAUAUCAAGAUGCAACCUGUGUGCGAGGAUCCGCUGUACAAGAAGUACUUUAAGUUCAUUAGUAUUGGCGUACCCAAACCAGCUGUCAAAUUGAAAAUGCAACAGGAUGGAUUGGAUCCAUCAUUGCUAGACACACCAAAGCUCUUAGUGCCAGUAAAGUCAGGAGCUACGGACGAUUGAUGAACUGGAACAGUAACGGUGCGUAUUGCAAGGAUUACAAUGCAUUGUAUGUAUUUUUACAUUAUAUGAUAGAAGUGGGAUAAGCGAAUAAACAGAUUUAUACAUU